CCUCGUCACACUCGUCACAGGUUCAGUACUCUCGUUUAAAUCCGACAUUCGUUAAAAUUUCAUAACAAACUACAACCUUCCAAAAAUACAAGAUGAAGUUCCUCUCAGGUGUUACCGUUGUUGGCAUGCUUGCCGCUGGUCUUCCCAGUGUGCAAGGCUUAACUCGUAGGGUCAACGCUCCCUUCACUGUUUCGAAGCUAUCGGCAGGAGCUACUCCUCACUCUUCGGUUGGAUACAUCGAACUUACCUGGUCGUACGGCGGUCUAAACCAGACCAAGUGCUCUGCUCAACCCGGAACAUACCAAGUCUUCCCCACGGUUGCAAAGACCGUAUGCAGUGACCCGUCAACCUCUUUCAACCUGACUAAGCGAUCCGAUGGUGGCGCUGAUCUUGAGCUUUGGCACGAGGUAGCGCCGGGUACUUCCGCCAGUGCCGUCCACACCAUCCAAGCGUCCGAGAUUGUCUGGACCAACCAGCAAUCCCCUACCGGAACCGUUCAGGUCUACGCUGGUCCUCAGAACUUCACUGUCAACGCCAUCUUCCCCAAGAACUAGGUGGAAUAUAGAUCCUGAAGAUACAUCUUGACAUAUUGGAGGACGAGGAGGAUAUGUACUAUUCGCAAUGGAGGAUUAAUCUUAGUAUUUAGGUAGUGUUGUGGUUGAUAAGUGACCUCAA